CACGCGAAACUGAGAACGACAAACACAAGCAAACCAACAACAACCGAAGUAAAAUCCUAGAAAGAAGUUUCGAAACAAUUUUUGCUUUGCUCCUGGUUUAAAGGUGUCUUAAUUAGAAUCUACGAUGGCUUAUAUAGAAACCUUCAGUUCACCAUAGAGUUUGUUCCUGCAGCCUUUACGAUCUCGAAAUGAAAGGAUCGUUCGGCGGAGGAAGCUUUGGAUAGACCAACUAACUACAUAGGUGGUAAUUAAAAACAGGUGGUAAUUAAAAGGCCCACAUUAUUUUUUGGGACAAAAUGGAAGCAGCACUACAAGAAAUUUACGAAGAGACUAUUAAUAAAAUAAAAGAAGAUCGUUCAGCCGCGGAAUUUAAAAUUGCAAUGUUUUCUGCUGCGUUGUUAAGCUACAGGAAAAACUCAUGUUUGUUGCCGUUCCCUCCAGCGUUUACGGAAAAUGAUGGAACAAAAAACAUUCACAAUGUGGAAGAUGUAUUUAGUCAAUUACCUUCAGUUCAAGAAUUUAUCAGUCACCCAUCAAGGUUGUCAAGAGAAGCAGUAACCCUUCUUCAUUGGAUCAUAUCAGAAAGGUCAUAUGCAGUGGAGAGUUGCAAAGAGGAUUUGUUCAAGGAAUUGGAGCAGAAGACUGGAAAGUCAAGCUUUUCCAUCAAGCCUGAUUAUAUGUUUGAAAUAAAAUACCUGAAUUCAUACAGCAGCAGAAAAUUUGAUGAAUAUGGUCAAAGUUAUAAUAUCAAAUUUGGAUACCAUGGCAGUAGGCUUGAUAACUUCUAUUCCAUUCUUCAUAAUGGACUACAAGUUCAUAUGACCAAGAAUGCUCUCUUUGGAGAAGGAGUCUACUUGAGUGAGGAUGUUGCUGUUACAUUGCCCUAUUCAAAAACUGGUGAUAUAUGGAAACAUUCAAGUUUCGGCCAUCAGAUGAGCUGUAUAGCGGUUUGUGAAAUUGUUGAUCAUCCGCUGGUAAAAUGCAAGGUAAAGAAUGGAAAUCAAUCAAGAUCACGAGCAAAGGACACUCAAGCUGGUGAUGUGCCAGAAAAGUAUUUUGUUGUAACAAGCAGUGAUUUGUUAAGGCUGAAAUAUGUCUUGGUAUUUUCAAAAAGAGUUUCUAAACAAAGAAGAAAAGGAGGAUGGUGGGUAAUCAGGAAGUACCCAGUAGCAUCCAUUCUAUUUUUGUACGUCUUGUUUCUAUUUCUGAUGGGAAUCUGGAAAUCCAAUCGGGUGCAAAUGUUCUUCAGAAGAUACUGGGUAGAUAGAUACUUUUCAGAUCCAGAUCACUGACACAUCUGUUCAUGUUGUUAGCAUCACCUAAUUAUGCAAUAGAAUUGUAUGCAAAAGUCUAGAAAAAUUUUGUUGUAUUUAAUAUGUAAAUGUAUUUUUCUGGCUGAGUGUGGCAAUAGAUUUGAUUUCAUAGAUCAUUCUCCAGUAACCUCAUUUCCUUCCAAUAAAGAUGUAUACUUUUAUUUUUUUGCCAUGUGAUUUUAAACUACCUAGUAGCCUUGAAAUUAAAAGCUAAAAAAUUGGGGUAUCCUUUUUUCACAACGUCUGAAGAAAGCAGAUUUUUAGAUAAAAACCAGAUUGAAUAAAACAAUUCAAUUUUAAUGUGAAGUUUGUCAAAGCCCAUGGAAAUUAUAUAUAGUCAUAACCAAAGCUGAUGUGGAAACACCCACUGUAGUAUUUUUUUCUUUUUACCUCAUCAAUCUGCCAACGUACCUCAUCAAUCUACAACUUGCCUUGAAAUAAUCAAACUGCCCAUACCAUGACAAAUAAUGCCAGCAUAUUCUAAAGUGAUAAUAAAGCCCAAAACAAGGUUAGACCCUGAAAACCUGCCUAUGAACAGAUUUUUAGUUCAAAAGUUAUUUAAAUCAUUUCAGCAACUUAAUAUAGACUCUAAACGUUGCUAAGAGAUAACAGGAAAACAUGUAUAUUCAUUUUUACUGAAGUUGCAAAUCUACCACAAUGUAUAUGUAUAAAGAUGUGCUAGAAGUAGAAGGCUACUGUUGUUUAAUUUCUUGCAUCAUUUCCUAAAUAAAUUCUAUUUGAAAUGAGUGUUACAGCCAGAUUAA